ACUCUAUGUAUCUCUUUACCGAGUAAUUUGAUUCAGGUGUCCCAACUCUAAGCAAAGCAAGCACCUACCUCAGACACACAGAGGGACGAAGGCCCCCCGGUCCGGCAGAUACAUAUUGAGCUGCUCUUCCCCCACACCCCUGGCCACACCUUCCCUCCGACUCAGGAUUUUUCUACGUUUUGUAACCCUUUUUUCCUUUUCUUCUUCCCUUUCCCCAAACGCCUCUCAUCCCACGAACACUUCCCAUCACCUCUCACCAAACCCUCCCUCUCCGUCAUCCACUACUCUAGACUCCCAAUUGCAUACAAACAGAGUCACACCCAUCGACUGCUCUCACACCAGCUUGAUUUUGAUAAGGAAGCUUGGGAACCUCCUCCCUCGCACAUUCAAACAGGUCCCUACAAUUGAGGCCGACUUGAGCUUUUGAACCUUCUCCCCGUCUCCCCGAGUUGCACAAAAUGCCCGUUGCCGAAGGCACCCCGCAGACUCUCUACGACAAGGUCCUCCAGGCCCACGUCGUAGACGAGAAGUUGGACGGCACGAUCCUGCUGUACAUUGACAGACAUCUCGUGCAUGAGGUCACCUCUCCUCAAGCAUUUGAGGGUCUGAAGAAUGCAGGCCGCAAGGUCCGCCGACCGGACUGCACCCUCGCGACCACCGAUCACAAUGUUCCCACUUCAUCGCGGAAAGGCAUGAAGGACAUCGGCUCCUUCAUCGCCGAGGAUGACUCCAGAGUCCAGUGCAUGACCCUCGAGGAGAAUGUCAAGGACUUCGGCCUCACAUACUUUGGCCUCGGCGACAAGCGCCAGGGUAUCGUCCACGUUAUCGGCCCCGAGCAGGGCUUCACCCUCCCCGGCACCACCGUCGUCUGCGGUGACAGUCACACCUCGACCCACGGCGCUUUCGGUGCCCUGGCUUUCGGAAUCGGUACCAGUGAGGUAGAGCAUGUCCUUGCGACCCAGUGCUUGAUCACCAAGAGGAGCAAGAACAUGCGGAUACAGGUCGACGGAGAGCUGGCCCCCGGCGUCAGCUCAAAGGAUGUUGUCUUGCACGCCAUUGGCAAGAUCGGAACGGCUGGCGGUACCGGUGCCGUUAUCGAGUUCUGCGGUUCCGUCAUCCGCAGCCUCAGCAUUGAGGCCCGCAUGUCCAUCUGCAACAUGUCCAUCGAGGGCGGUGCGAGAGCCGGCAUGGUCGCUCCCGACGAUAUCACCUUUGAGUACCUGAAGAACCGCCCCCUGGCGCCCAAGUACAACUCGGACGAGUGGCACAAGGCCGUCAAGUACUGGAAGUCUCUCCAAUCCGACGCCGACGCAAAGUACGACAUUGACGUCUUCAUUGACGGCAAGGACAUCAUCCCUACCAUCACUUGGGGCACGAGUCCCGAAGACGUCAUUCCCAUCACCGGCGUCGUCCCCGACCCCGAGACCUUCUCCACCGAGAACAAGAAGGCCGCCGGCCGCAGAAUGCUCGAGUAUAUGGGCCUGACCCCCGGAACCCCCAUGGAGGACAUUCCCGUCGACAAGGUCUUUAUUGGAUCCUGCACAAAUUCCCGUAUCGAGGACUUGCGCGCCGCGGCCCACAUCGUCAAGGGCAAGAAGAUUGCGGCGAACAUCAAGCGCGCCAUGGUCGUCCCCGGCUCUGGUCUCGUCAAGACCCAGGCCGAGGCCGAGGGCUUGGACAAGAUCUUCGAGGCCGCUGGCUUCGAGUGGCGUGAGGCUGGUUGCAGUAUGUGCUUGGGCAUGAACCCCGAUAUCCUUGCCGCCAAGGAGAGAUGCGCGUCCACCAGCAACAGAAACUUUGAGGGUCGCCAGGGUGCCGGUUCCCGCACUCAUCUCAUGUCCCCCGUCAUGGCUGCUGCUGCCGGUAUUGUCGGCAAGCUGGCUGAUGUCAGAAAGUUGGAGGGAUACCAGACCAGCCCUAAGCUCCAGGCUACCAUCACCCCCGACAGCGAACCCCAGGUCGACGAGCGGGUCGAGGAGAGCGACUCUGAGAAGGAGGCCAUUGCCGACCAGCCCGAGGACAACGAACCCCACACCAACACCAUCUCGGCCGGUAGCUCCACGGGUCUUCCCAAGUUCACCAACCUCAAGGGUAUCGCCGCCCCCCUGGAGAUGUCCAACGUCGACACAGACGCCAUCAUCCCCAAGCAGUUCCUCAAGACCAUCAAGCGCACCGGUCUCGGCAGUGCCCUCUUCUACGCCCUCCGCUUCAACGAGGAUGGCUCCGAGAACCCCAACUUCGUCCUCAACAAGGACCCCUACCGCGGCUCCAGGAUCCUCGUCGUCACCGGCCCCAACUUUGGCUGCGGUUCCUCGAGAGAGCACGCCCCCUGGGCUCUUAACGACUUCGGCAUCCGCUGCGUCCUCGCGCCCUCGUACGCCGACAUCUUCUUCAACAAUACCUUCAAGAACGGCAUGCUGCCCAUCAUCAUGUCCGACAAGGAGAAGCUCGAAAAUAUUGCCGACGAGGCGCGCGCCGGCCGCGAGGUCGAGAUCGACCUGCCCAACCAGCUCAUCAAGGACGCCGACGGCAACACCCUCGCUUCCUUUGACGUCGAGGAGUUCCGGAAACACUGCCUCAUCAACGGUCUCGACGAUAUCGGCCUGACCAUGCAGCAGAACGACAAGAUUGCCGACUACGAGCGCCGCAUGUCCCAGCUCACCCCCUGGCUCGACGGCACAAACUACCUCAAGAGGGAUCCCAAGACCGGUCGUCUUCUCGCCAAGGCCGUCCCCGUCCCCAAGACGAACCGGGGCGAGACCAAGAAGGAGCCUCUUGAGUGGUAAGGUGCUCGGACACGGGGGAAAAAAAGAAAAAAAAAAGAGGCAAAUAAAACCACAAAAGAUUGGAUUGGCUUUUUUUUUUUUUCAAAAACUAGGGAGUUUAAAUCAUGUAACGUGUCUACGAUACGAAUCUGGGUUACGGCUUUUUUGCGGGGACAUGUUCACCUUGUCCAGAGAUGACAUUUCUCAUCACACUGGCGGCGAUAUUGGGAAUUAUUCAAAGAAUAAGGGAUGGAUUUGGUUUACAAGUGGCUUUUUUCUCUCAUAUCAAAAGCCAUUGGAAAAAAAGUUUUCGAUAAAUUAGAUGCGCAGUUCGUCACAUUAACGGAGCUUUCGCAACACAACAUUUUCAAAUCUCAUGACUGCUCUUG